GGCAACUUAAACAAAGCUUUCAGAGAAAGAUAUACCUAGAGCUUCGCUUUCUGGACAGUCCUUCAACUCUCAAGACAGAUGAGCUUUUGUUCUGGUUAAAAUGUAUGGGUGACCCAGCGAAACGCCUUAAAACCAAGGCACAAAUGGUUAAAAGGUAGGAAGAUUGCGUUCGUGUUGUUGUUGUUCUCAGAUGGCUGUCAAACUAGUACACGUGAAAAUAUUACAGAGAUCAAACAAAGGAAUGUACAAGAAUAUAUUGAUUCGGGAAAGGAUAAAGAAAUUAUUGACCCUGACCCGCAGCAUCUGUAUACGAAACGCAAAAGAAGACUAGAUGCUUUGCAAAAGGACUUUUCAAAAACGACACCUACGAACAAGACAAAUAUAAACUACCCGUCUACAGGCUAGUCAACAAGAGUUCUAAGAAUACCUUUGUUUACCAAAGGUGAAAUGAACAGGCACAUAGAGCGAUCAGGUAAAAAUUUAGGCUCAUUUUCUAAAAUUCACUCGGUUCCAACAAGUCUUCGUAAAGCAAAGACAUUUCUAGAAGAUGAGUAUUUAAAGGAAAUUCAAGCUGCAAGCGAUGACCAUUGCUUCUACUUCAAAAGCCUGUGCUAUCACAGUUUUAAGAAAAGUGAGCCUCCACAUGAGCUCCGCACAGCUUUGUCCAUAGUAACAGGGGAAGUUUUACAUGCAUCCUUGUACUGCUGGUAAGACAGGCUUUUGUAACCAUGUCCUAGGACUCUUCAUAAAACUUUGCAACUUCUCCACAUAUGAAUGCAAGGAUAUCAGGCAGCUCAAUAAAGAUGGAGACAUGAGUCCUAGAGUGGAGUGCAUUUCUACAUUACAAAUGUGGCACAGAACUGGUAGAGGAGACACAAUCAGAGCUCAGCCAGUCAUGGAAGUGGUUGUUAAGAAAUCAAAACUUGAUAUGGCACACUCAUCUGAAGGAUUGAAAUGCUUGCUGUGUGAAUCUAGAAAGAAAUGCAAAUCUCAAGUCUCUGCAGAAACUUGUCUAAAGGAAGAACUAUCAAAAAUCAAUCCUAAAAUGGGUUUAUGUGAAGUAGCUAAUUCUGAAUCAGUCAACUCUGUAGACACAAGGUUUGAUAAAUCCCCUCUUGGAUCAUAUGUCAGCUACCAACUGACAUUUACAGAGUCUAACUUUAAAGUUUACUGCAACAUAGAUGCUAUUCCUAGAUUAAGUUGUGAUGAGACUUUAAUUGUUAACAUGCCAGACAGCUAUCCUAGAUUUCCCCUGGAAGACACCACUGAUUACAUCCCUAUGACAGAUGGUCUGGAUGAUGCCCAGAAAGCUCUGCUUGAUUAUGUCAUAGUUGAUGAAGACACGCUCAACUCUAUUGAAAGGGGAACAUGUGACCAAGCAGCCUUGGAGGAGUGGAAGAAUGAAAGAAAAUAUAGACUAACUGCUUCUAAUUUCAAGACCAUUUGUAAGAGACAAAGGAAUCAUAUUAUACUUGUGAAUAACUUACUAAACCCUUAAAGCAGGUCUCAUCCAAGUAUACUGAACAUGGCAAGAAGUAUGAGUCAGUGGCUUUGCAGCGUUAUGAAAAGUGUAUGUUCUCAACCUGAAGAAAACUUGUAGUACUUCAAUCAGGAUUGGUGGUUUACAGAGAAAUUCAAUUUUUGGGUGUAUCUCCUGAUGCAAAGGUGAUAGACAAAAGCUGCAUAAAGCCUUUUGCUAUUGCAGAAGUGAAAUGCCCCUCACAAAGUUCCACGUGACCCCACUUGAUGCAUGUACAGAUCAAGGAUUUUGAGCAGAGAGAGUGGAUGACAUGCCAAAACUUAAAAGAGAUCACCCAUAUUAUUUUAUAAAAUAAUUCAAAUAGUAUGCGCACUCUGAUUGGCCAUAAAACCAUUUUACAUGAGCGUAUGUAAACACAGUUUUCAUUCCUCUUUCAUUAGUUAUUUUAUAAAAGAAUGUAAAAUGGUUUCCAUGUUUACAUAGCCUGAUGUAAACACUUGGGAGGUUGGGAGAACACUCGAUAAGCUGGAAACUACUCCGCUUCGUGUUGUGGUUUCCUAUGCUUAUCUCGUGUUCUCCCAACCUCCCACAUGUUUACAUCAGGCUAUGUAAACAUGGAAAUCAUUUUACAUUUCUUAAAUCAAGUUCAGGGACAGCUUGCAGUGACAAGAGCAAGCUGGUGUGAUUAUAUUAUUUAUACAAGUGCUGGUAUGAGCAUUGAGCAAAUUGAAUUUGCUCAUGAAUUUUGGGAUACAUUAUCACACAAACUGAAAUCAUAUUACUUUGAACACUACAUUGGUCCUGCUUCAGUUCAAUUUUCAUCAAUUAAGCAAGAUUAGACGAGCUAUUUGAACUAAGUUGCUGGAAUUUUCAUCAUUUUCAUUUUUAUCUUCAUAUAUCUACAUAAUAGAUACAGUAGAUUUCAUUAAGCUUAACUAGCUUAGAGUGAAAUAAAAGUAAAAUGCCCAUACAGCAGGUUUUGCCAAUCCCUGCCAGUGGACCCUUAUGCAGUAUACACUACACCAUCUUACAGUUAUGAUAUCUUAGAAAGAAUGACUAUUAACUUAGUACUUGUUCAUAACAAAAAGAGAAAUGGUGGCUUAAGCCUAUUACUACUACUACUACCUAGUAGCUUGCCAAUGUUUUCACAGGCUAAAUAAAAUAUAGAUUUAGCCAAGCCUAAAAGCGGAGCUCUUAUUAGUUUAUUUUCCAGCCCUACAUUACACUGAAUAAAAACUGUAAUAAAACUAUCUACUGGCAAGUCUCUGUAAUAAAACUACGUACUGGCAAGUCUUUGUAUUAUAUUUCAACCCAACUAUUUCCU